AAUUCCAAUAUCACACUUUAAGUCUAAUUUAUUUGUUCGUAUAUCUAUAUUGAAUUUUGUUUUCAGAAUAAUUCGAUACUGAAAAGAAGAUACGAGUACUGAUAUUCAUGGUGAAAACUAUGUCCUCCGAAAACAAUUAAAUUUGAAAGUACUUGUUGUCAUAGAAAAGUUGAAGUUGAGGUUAAUUUGGACCGAGAUGGAUGCCAACUGCCAAAAGCAGUAUCGCUAUAAUACAUUCCACACAUUCAGCAAACAUUGAAACCGCUUUCCCUUUCUUCAUACACACACAACACAAUCAGCGCCAUCAAUCAAAACACCCUCCAAAUCCAAUCACCAUCAUCGGAUUCCCUAAUUUCUUUCAUCCAACCAUCCAAAUCUUGACACUUAAUCACUCUCCACAGACUCAACUCGCAUACGAUUUCACCCCUCUUUUCAUUCUUCCACACUUUUGCCACUUGCCUUGCUUCACCCAAACCAAAACCAAAACACAGAGACCAGUUACUACUGAUGCUUAGACAAAACGGAACAAUCAUGGACAUGAUACCUGGGAAGAUCAGAAAACGAGGGUGUUCCUCACCAGCAUCAUCUUCAUCUUCCGUGAUUCACAACUACAGAUUCAAAAGAGCUAUUCUAGUAGGUAAAAGAGGCGGAUCAAGUACACCCGUGCCUACGUGGAAACUCCUGAGCUCGAGAUCUCCAGCGUCGGCGAUGCGGUUACUUGAAUCGCCGAAAUAUCCACCAUCGCAAGCGGGUAGUAAAGUGAGACAAGCUCCGGUGUCGGCGAGGAAACUGGCGGCGACGCUUUGGGAAAUGAACGAGAUUCCUUCGCCCAGUGUUAAGGAAAUGCGUGAUCACACGAAGAUGAAAAAGGAGAUUAGGGUUUCAAAUGCAAAGUCUAUUCGUUCUGGCUCUUUUCCUCCUCAUUUGUCCGAUCCAUCACAUAGUCCUCCCUCAGAGAGAAUGGAUCGAUCUGGAACUGGUAGUCGUCAUAGAAGAACACCGGCUAAUUCUCAUAGGCAGAGGCACACAGAACACCGUCUUGGCCCUUUGGAUUCUCAUAGCAAUGCCAGUGUUAUGGAGAUCGAAACCAGAUCUCGAGCACAGACCCCUGCCUCAUCCACUGUGGGAGUUAAACCACGUUUGAAAGACGUCAGUAACGCAUUAACAACAUCAAAAGAGCUAAUUAAAAUUAUAAACCGCAUGUGGAGUCAUGAAGACCGGCCUUCUUCUAGUAUGUCUCUUAUCUCAGCUCUACAUACCGAGCUCGAGCGGGCUCGCCUACAGGUAAAUCAGCAUAUCCAAGAACAACGGUCGGAUCAGAACGAAAUAAAUUAUUUGAUGAAGUGUUUUGCUGAAGAAAAAGCUGCUUGGAAAAGCAAAGAGCGAGAAAUUAUCGAGGCUGCAGUUGAAUCUGUUGCAGGAGAACUUGACAUGGAGCGGAAACUCAGGAGACGGUUGGAAAGCUUGAACAAGAAGCUGGGGAGAGAAUUGGCUGAGACCAAAGCAUCCCUUAUUAAGGUGGUGAAAGAACUUGAAACUGAGAAGAGAGCUAGAGAAAUUAUCGAACAAGUGUGUGAUGAGUUAUCCAGAGACGUUGACGAGGAUAAAUCUGAGGUAGAGGUACAAAGGAGAGUGUCAACAAAAGCUUGUCAAGAGAUAGAGAAAGAAAAAGAAAUGAUGCAGUUAACAAAUAUGUUACACGAGGAGAGGGCUCAAAAGAAACUCUCCGAGGCAAAAUAUCAGCACGAGGAAAAGAAUGCUGCUGUUGAUAUGCUCAGGAAUCAGCUUGAAGCUUUUCUAGGAAGCAAACAAGUUAGAGAAAAAGGACGGAGUUCCACCCACUUGAAUGAGGAAGAAAUCGCUGCGUAUCUUGGCAGAAGCAGAUUAAGCUCCCACCCUACUGAAGAUCAAGAAGAUGAUGGAGGAGAGGUUGACAACGGACUGGAGUGUGAAGAGGAAUCUGGUGAAAGUGACCUACAUUCUAUAGAAUUAAAUAUGGACAACAACAACAAAAGCUAUAAGUGGACCCACCCUUCCGAACGCAGGUUCGACACAAGAAAAUAUCCAAUUGAGGGAGAAACGAAAGGUAGGAGGUCUAUCUCCGGGAGAGAUUCAAGGAUAAGCACAUCUCUGCAAAGGAGUAUAUCAGAUGGAGUGGAAUGGGGAAUCCAAGGUGGUGAGAAGCUCCAAAAUUCAGGAGAAGGAAUAGAUUGGGAAAACUUUUAUGAAUUGGAGAAGCAAGGUCAAGGAAAAAGUUACGCUGAUGAAAUACAAGGCUAUAAAUCAGUGAAAAAUUUAAAGGAUCAGAUAUUGGCUGGUUCUAAGCUUGGAUCUUCUAGAGGUUAUGCUAGUCCAACUAGACAAUUUUCACAACCUUGGCCGUCACGAGAUCCAACAAAUACCUUCCAAAAGGGACCUGCUACAAUGCAGGGAAAUGGUCAAAAAUCAAGGUUAGGGGAAGCCAGGGGUGAGGCCCAGACUGUAAGGAAGUCUAAAAAGUAAGAAAUGUUUGGAUUAGCGGUGAGUUUGGUGGAAUCACGUUUCACUCCUGUGACUUUGGCAAAUACUACACUUUGGAACUUAAACAAAAUCACAUUACCAUUGUAAUUUAGUCAGACUCACCCAUUGCUAUCAUGAUGGUUGGUACAAAUAUCACAGUCCUUACUAGCCUGCUAGGAGAAAUUGAAAGAAGCUUUUCUCCAUUUCAAGUUUUUUAUUUUGUUGAUAGUCAUGUAUGCCAACGUUGCAGCACUCGCUGCUUAAUCUUUCAUUUGACCAAUACGUAUGUAUGGUCUUGUUUGUAGAGUUCAGAAUCUGUGUUAUAAGUAUAACCGGCGAGUUUUUACUUUUUUCUCCUGUAACAUAAGCUGAUGUUUAUUAGGAAAGUUUUUUUUUUUUUU